AUGGUGAAGGACUCAGUGACCUUUGAGGAUGUGUCUGUGGACUUCACCCCAGAGGAGUGGGCUUUGCUGAAUCAUGCUCAGCGGAACCUCUACAGAGAUGUGAUGCUGGAAACCUUCUGGCACUUGGCUUCAGUAGGAGAACACUGGGAAUCACAUUGCAGCAAAGCGCAUCACAAGAACCAGGAGGGGCAUUUGAGCCAUUUGGUGGAGAGCCUGUAUGAAAAUAAUGAUGGUAUUGAAUGUGGAGAAUCCUUCAGCCAGAUUCAAGAUCUCAUUGUGAAUAAGAGAAAUCCUACUAGAGUAAAAUCCUAUGAAUGCAAUCAACGUGGAGAAGCCUUCGUGGAUCGUUUAUCCCUUAACACUCACAUAGGAUGUCAACCUGCACACAAUCAGUGUAAAGAAUGUGGGAAAGCCUUUAUCCAUUCUUCAUCCUUUGAGGUACAUCUUAGAAUUCAUACAAGGAUAGACACUGGAGAGAAGACUCAUGAAGGUGAUAAAUGUAGGAAAGCUUUCAGUUCUCAUGCAAACCUUAAUACACAUAUGACAACUCACAAUGGAGAGAAACUCUUUGAAUGUAAAGAAUGUGGGAAACCGUACUCUCUUCUUUCAUCGCUGCGAAGACAUAUGAAGAUUCACAAUGCAGAGAAAUCCUAUGAAUGUAAGGAAUGUGGGAAAACCUUCCUUUAUUCUUCAUCUCUUAUUAAGCAUGCAAGAACACACACUGGAGAGAAACCCUAUAAAUGUAUGGAAUGUGGGAAAUCCUAUAGAUGUUCCUCGCACACUAAGGCGCACAUGAGAACUCAUACUGGAGAGAAGCCUUAUGAAUGUAAGAAUUGUGGGAAGGCCUUCAAUUGGUCCUCAGUUCUUAAACUGCAUAUGAGAACUCAUACCAGAGAGAAACCCUAUGAAUGUAAAGAAUGUGGGAGAGCCUUCAGUUGUUCCUCUGCCUCUCGAAGACAUGACUGUGAAAGCAGAGAAAAAGCUACCAACCCUGGCUACGAGAAAAAGAAAAGACACUGCAGCAGAGAUAGCAAGAAGUGUGAGUCAAAUGAGGAGCAGUACACAGACACAUCUAGGAACAGCAUUCCAGGCUAA